AUGGAACUGGCAGUACAUGGCAUCGCAUGUGUCUCAUUGGGUGGUAUCACUGCCCCAGAGACCCACCACCACUACAGCCCUACCCCAGAGACCCACCACUACUACAGUCCUGCCCCAGAGACCCACCACCACUACACCCCUGCCCCAGAGACCCACCACCACUACAGCCCUGCCCCAGAGACCCACCACUACUACAGUCCUGCCCCAGAGACCCACCACCACUACAGCCCUGCCCCAGAGACCCACCACCACUACAGCCCUGCCCCAGAGACCAACCACCACUACAGCCCUGCCCCAGAGACCCACCACCACUACAGCCCUGCCCCAGAGACCCACCACCACUACAGUCCUGCCCCAGAGACCCACCACCAGUACAGUCCUGCCCCAGAGACCCACCACCAGUACAGUCCUGCCCCAGAGACCCACCACCACUAUAGUCCUGCCCCAGAGACCCACCAACAGUACAGUCCUGCACUAGAGACCCACUACCACUACUGUUCUGCCCCAGAGACCCACCACCACUACUGGCCUGCCCCAGAGACCCACCACCACUACAGUCCUCCCCCAAAGAUCCACCACCAGUACAGUCCUGCCCCAGAGACCCACCACCACCAGUACAGUCCUGCCCCAGAGACCCACCACCACUACAGUCCUGCCCCAGAGACCCACCACCACUACAGUCCUGCCCCAGAGACCCACCACCACUACAGUCCUGCCCCAAAGACCCACCACCACCACUACAAUCCUGCCCCCCCCAAGCACUGCAGACUGCCAAAUGCACACUGCACAGCACUGCACACUGCCAAGCCUACUGCAUAUGUUACCCAGUAA